AUGGCGGAGGAACAGCGAGUGGCGGCGGAGAGGCGAGCACGGCGCAAGCUGCUGUUCGCCGUCCCCAUCAUUCCGAUCGUGUUGCUCAUCGUCGGGUCAUGCGCGCUCUUCUUGUUCACGGCCGAACUCCCGCGCAUCCGCAUCGAGUACGCCUGCCUCGAUGGCGCCCGUGACGCUCCGGCCACGAAUUCGAAGGAGCCGCCGGAGGCCGUGGUGGUGCAGGCUGUUCCCGGCGAGGAGGAGGAGCAACCGCUGCGCCAGCUGAGCGACCGGCCGUACUCGCUGGGCCCGAACGUGUCCGACUACGACGCCCGCAGAGCGGCGUGGCUGGCCGCGCACCCUCGAUUCCCGGCCUUUGUAGCCCCGGGGCGGCCUCGGGUGCUCAUGGUCACCGGCUCGUCGCCGCGCCAGUGCAAGGCGGCGGAGGGCGACCACGUGCUCCUCCGCGCGUUCAAGAACAAGGCGGACUACUGCCGCGUGCACGGACUGGACAUCUUCUACAGCAACGCGGUGCUGGACGGCGAGAUGACGGGGUUCUGGACCAAGCUGCCGCUGCUGCGCGCGCUGAUGGUGGCGCACCCGGAGGCGGAGCUGCUGUGGUGGGUGGACUCGGACGCGGUGUUCACGGACAUGCUGUUCGAGCCGCCGUGGGGCAGGUACGCGGGCCACAACCUGGUGCUCCACGGCUGGGACGGCGAGGUGUACGGCGCCAGGAACUGGCUCGGCGCCAACACCGGCAGCUUCCUGCUCCGGAACUGCCGGUGGUCGCUGGACCUCCUGGAGGCCUGGGCGCGCAUGGGGCCGCGCGGCCCCGUGCGCGAGCGGUACGGGAGGGUCUUCGCGGCGGCGCUGUCGAACCGAGCGGCCUGGGAGGCCGACGACCAGUCGGCGCUGGUGUACCUGCUGGUGACGGAGCGCGGCAGGUGGGGGGACAAGGUGUUUCUGGAGAGCGCCUACCACCUGCACGGGUUCUGGGAGGAGAUCGUGGGGCGGUACGAGGAGAUGCGGAGCAAGGGGCGGCCGGGGCUCGGCGACCACCGGUGGCCGCUGGUGACGCACUUCGUCGGGUGCAAGCCGUGCGGGGAGCCGGGCGCGACCUAUGAUGCCGUGGCGUGCCGUGAGGGCAUGGAGCGCGCGCUCAACUUCGCCGACGACCAGAUACUCGGCCUCUACGGGUUCCAGCACGAGUCGCUCGGCACCACGGCCGUGCGGCGCGUCAGGAACGAUACCGGACGGCCGCUGGACGCCGACGACGAAGAGGUCGGCCGGCUCUUGCACCCAGAGUUCAGGAACCGUUUGAUUUACAUCCAAUGA